AUGGAGUACGAGUCGCUCUCCGAGUUACCGCCUCUUCCUCAAGAGCUCGAAUCCAUGGAGUAUUCAUAUUCAACACACUUUCCUUACGCCAUUAAUCCUCUCGAGUCUCUACCUCCUUUUCCUUCUUCCGAUUUCGCUCCCUACUACGGCGGAUUCACCUUCUCCGACCAACAUGGCCUUCUCCACCUCCAGGAACACGUGGCAGCUGACUCACUCUUCCUCGACUCGUCUCUGUCUCUACUCACUGAGUCAACUCGGUUAGAGAAGUUCUUCUCCGACGACGAACCGUUUCUCCACUUGCCUCACCUCAAAUCCUUCGAGAAGACGACAACAACCGCCGUCGCUGACGAUACGAAACCGCCGUUUCUCUCCCUCGCUCCUCCUCUUCCCGACGAGAAACUUCGCCGUCGUCGCUCGGUAGUCAAACGCACCUUCACCAUCUCUCCGUCGCCGCAGUCUUCCUACUCGAAAUCCAGAUCUCCGGCGACGUCGUCUUCGUCGUUCUCUCAGUCGACGUACGGUGGCGACAGGCGAAGGAGGGUCUCGGAUAAAAUCAGGUCUCUGGAGAAGCUAAUGCCGUGGGAGAGUAAAAUGAGUUUGGCUAAGAUUCUCGACGAGGCUCACAAGUACGUCAAGUUUCUCCAGUCUCAGAUCGCUUCUCUCCGUUGGAUGCCUCUCGAAUCCGUCUACUGCACCGCCGCCGGAGAAGUCGGAGAAGAAGUCGGAGGAGGAGGAGUCACCGAUCCGCUCAAAUCCUUGACGAGGCAACAGAUUCUACAGGUGCUCGCGAAUUCUCCUGGAGCAAGAACUCAGCUUUACACUCGCGGAGUUUGUGUUUUCUCGUAUGAACAGCUUCUUUCUGUCGAGAUGAUGGCUCAAUCGGCAAGAAACCUCUGAAAAAAAAAAAAUGAAA